AAGUCAGCCAAAUCAUGUGCAAAAGUCCGUAGCCACUCACGACUCUUGAGCUUUCUUUCCCCCCACCGUUUUUCGUAUUUUUUUGGUGCUCUUUUCGCACCCCCGCUGAAGUCGCUCCGUUCCCGGCCGAGCAGGGACCGUCGUGCCCCGGGGAGGGGAAGCUGUGCUGACCGCCUUCGGAGCGCCCUUCCCGGACGUUUUACUUGUUUGACUGGAGCACUGACUUCCUGUGAACGGGCCUCUCCAAGAGGGUAAAGACGGAAAAAAGAGACUUUUGCGUCCACUUCCAAAUAUUGUCCGUAUAUUGGAGGCCGCCAGCUCGGAACAAUGGCCAGGAGAUGCGCCCUCGCCUUGUUGCUUCUUGCAGCGUGCGGCCUGGCAUCUGCAGGCCCGUUGUUUCGCAGCCCGUGCGAGUUGUUGCCGGUGGGCGCGGGCCACCCCGUGCAGGCCAUGAGCAAGAGUUUCACGGCCCUGUCGGGCUGCGCCAGCCGGGGCACGAGCGCCCUCCCCCAGGAAGUCCACGUGAUCAAUCUGCGAGGCGCCGCGCCCGCCCCGAGGCCCGGCAACGCCCCCGCAGAGGUGGAGCUGCACGUGAAACCCAUCCAGUCUCUGCUGCGCCACCAGAAACCUCUGGUCCUCAUCCUCAACUCCCCAGAGGCCCUCGUGUGGAAGGUGAAGACGGAGAGCCUCGCCCCGGGCGUCGGGCGCACCGUUCACGUACCGGAAGGGUCGGAGGUUCGCUUCCAGCCGGGAAACUUCUCGCUCUCCUGCCGGGUCCAAAAGGAGCUCCUGCUUCCCCACGGCAACGAGCACCUCCUCAGCUGGGCCCAGAAGAUGUACGGGGCCGUCACCUCCUUCUCCGAGCUCAGGAUGACUCAAGAUAUCUACAUCAAAGUCGGAGAAGAUCCUCUCUUCUCCGACACGUGCAAGAUCGACAACAGGUUCCUGUCGCUCAACUACCUCGGCGGCUACGUGGAGCGGCAGGCGUCCGCGGGCUGCGUGCUCUCCGCCGGCCACCACGAGCGGGAGGUGCACGUGGUGGAGCUGCAGGCGCCCAACUCCAGCAGUGCGUUCCAGGUGGAGGUGAUCGUGGAACUGCGACCGCUGGAGGACGACGGCCCACUCCAUCGUGACGUGGUCCUGCUGCUCAAAUGUGUCAAGUCGGUCAACUGGGUCAUCAAGGCCCACAAUGUGGUGGGCGAGCUCACUGUUGUGGCUUCCGACAGCGUCAGCGUAAGUUCGGGUACGGAGAGGCUGAUGCAAGUGUCCAAAUCCCCCAAGCGGCGCCUACCGUCCGGGCCGCAGGCGCUGAUCCAGUGGGCCGAGGAGCACCGCUACGGCCCGGUCACCACCUACACCAACACGCCCGUCGCCAACCACUUCAACGUCUGGCUCAAACAACGAGACGUGGUGGACCACGCGGAGAGCGUGCUGCCCCCGGAGCUGACCAUCCUGCGCGACCCCGGGCCGCCCCCCGGCGGACGGGGCCGGGGCUCCCCGCGCCGCUCGGGCCUGCCCUUCCCGUUCCCUCCGCCCGUGUCGCAGGGCCUGCCCUACCUGGCGCUGCCCUCCCUGCUGGACGAGCGUCCCUGGGAGAAGGCGGAGCCCGAGGAGCACCGGGCCGUCCUCAGCGUGGGGUUCGCCGUUCAGUGCCAGGACGCCAGGAUGGUGGUCAGCGUCAGCAAGGAGAGCCUCCAAGCCAAGGGCUUUGCGCACGCCAACCUGACGCUUCAAGACCCACAAUGCAAAGCGGCGGUCAACGCCACUCACUACACGCUGGAGACGCCCCCCACCGGGUGCCGAACCACCGUUUACCCCCUGCAGGGAACCUCCAACGCCCUCCACAUCAACACCGUUCUGAUAGGUCACGGCGAGUCCAAGGACGGGAGCGGCGGCCCCCUGGAGUACGAGGACCAGGAAUCUGGGGAGGUCCUCUUCCCCAGGGAGACUGUAAACCUCGAAAGGAUGCCACCCAGAGAUCAGAUGUCAAUCAUUAGAUUCAACUGCACGUACCGUCAGGAAAGCAGGAACAGCCCGGGCGCGCCGCCCGAGAGGGUCCCGGGCAGCGGUGCGGCUCGGCAUGUGGACAUGAGGUUCAGCGUGGACCUGUACGACGCGGCGCCCUCCGACCGGCCGUCCCGCCAGGCCUUCAACACCGUCUCGCAGAACCAGCCGGUUUUCGUGGAGAUCACGUCAACGUCAGCCGACGAGGAUGCGGGCUUCAACAUCCUGUCGUGUUUCAUUUCGCCCGACGCCAACCCCAACGUGGAAUCGUCCUACUCGCUCAUCGAGACGGUUUGCCCCACCGACAGCUCGCUGCGCUUCCGUCACCACGCGCAGACAGACAAGAAGAGCUUCGGCUUCACCUUCAACUCCCACUAUAACACGUCGCGGCUCUUCCUGCACUGCAAGAUGGCGCCGUGCGCCUACACCGAGCCUGGCCUUGCACCGUGCGUGGACGCCGGCUCGGCGUGCGACUCUCUGCGGAUCGACGACAUCGUGAGCAUGAUGAUGAACGCCGGGACCGGCAGCAAAGCUCUGAUCGUGCUGGACGGAGACACGGCAGAUACGUCGUCACAAGCGGGCUCGGACGACCCCACCAAUAACAACUCGGCGGCGCAGCUGCUGGACACGCCGACCGUGGUGGGAAUCGCCUUCGCCGCCUUCGCCAUCGGCGCUCUGCUGACAGGAGCGCUUUGGUUCAUCUACUCGCACACAGGAGGGACCGCUACGGCUACGGCGGCGGCGGCGGCGGGCGGGAUAACAAAAGAGGUCAACAAGUGUCCGCCUGCCUCGGAAAACAGCAGCCCCGGCAACAGCAUCGGCAGCACGCAGAGCACGCCCUGCUCCAGUAGCAGCACGGCGUAGCGGAGGGAACCAACCCGGGCAGGGUCCGAAAGACUAAAAGAACUCAGGGUGCUCUGACACCCGGGUUAGCGGGAGCACGUCCUGAACGUGCAAGUGCUUCUGGUUUUCCCCACGUUCACGCUACAUGUGCAAAAGAUUUGAAAAAGACAAACAAGAAGACUAGGAAUAAUUUGCCACCGACACCACGAAAUUCAGCCAACUGAAAGUCGGACAUGUUGCCAUGAAGUCGGACAUUUCAGGGCGCAUUGUAGGACUCGGACUUUGACCAUCUCCCACUCGCUAUUUCACUCAAAUAAAUCCCUGUCGGAACACGGUAUCUUCGAAAGGUUGGUGACGCUAAUUUGCGAUAUUGCCGUGUAAAAACGUGGCCGCCAGCUCGGACCCGAAAUUACCAUAACAGGACGCCCAAAAAAAGUCUCAAACACCCAUGCCCAAAAUUGAACAGGAAGUCAACCAUUUUGGUUUGACUGCAAAUUCCAGGGUCUCUUAGACAAUGUGGGUGUAGCAUGGCACCGGAUUUGAUGACCAUUUCGCGUAUUCGCCAUGAUAAAUGACGUUCUCGUAACAAAUGUGUACUUUAACAAUGUCUCACCAGAGAAUUGAUCCAAAUGAGCCCGAUUGGGAAUGAGUAGCCAAGACAGCUAUUGAUGCUAAAUUGCAAAGCUAGCCCAAUUUGAGAUGUUUUUAGCAAGCCGAUCCAGUAAAGCAGGACGUGAUACGAACACAAGAACCACUACUGGUCUUAAAAAUGGUUUUUAAUGUGGUAUGUAAAGAAAGCUAUUGGUUUUGAAUGUAAACAGAAGUUUAAAAUGCCAAACAAUGUGAAAGACAAAUGUGAAGACAUACUGAUUAACAAAUCAAGUUUUAAACAACCUUUUUUUUUUUUUUUUUUUCCAUUUUUCUCUUUUGCCAUAUUGUAAACAGGCGCCUUUGAUACAGUAGUAUAAAUGCUAAGCUAGCUACAUUUAUUUUAGUUUUUAUAUAUAUAUAUAUAUAUAUAUAUAUAUAUAUAUAUAUGACGAACUGGUUUUGUUUAUAGUUUUCUUAGGCUCCAAAAUGAUACAAAAAAGGUUAACACCAUUCAGAGGCAGAUCAUUCGCAUUUUUAGCAUUUUUUUUUCUCCUAGCCCAAGGUAAGCUAACAAUACCCCACCCAAAGUGUGAUACUGAUCUUGUUCUCGGAACGAAAGAAAAUGAGGCCAAAAUUUCAUCGUGUCCUUUUUCUGUCCAUUUUUCAAAAAUGUUUUCUUUUUCUUAAAAAUGAGACAAAAUGGUUGAUACCAUUCAGUGAGCUCAUUCGCGGUUUUAGCUUCCCCACCGUAAAAAAAAACAUAGAAUGUCACAAGUGUCCUUAUAGUGUUAUAUAGUUUAUUUUAUUUUCUCCUCUAAAACGGGGGAAAAGGGUUGAUACCACUCGAAGUCGGAUCAUGAGCAUUAUUAGCAUUCCCCCGUCAGAAAACUGGCUGUUUUUCCUAUACUAAGCUAACUUUCCCCACUUGACACUUUGUAGGGCGGUACCAAUCUUCUAUACUUGCUCUGGGGGGGGAAGCAAAUGAGAUUAAAAUGUCAAGUGACCUUUUUUUUAAAAAAAAAAUCUACAUUUUGUACU